GCAAGACACAGAGAGAGAGAGUCUUAUUAUCUCAUCAACCAGGCUGCUGAGUCUGAUUCAGACUGAUGAGCCUUCACAGAUUUGAUCCCAACGUCAGACGGACAAAGAAAUAAGCAGUGAGGACACAGGAUGGGUGUUCAGGCCGUGUGGGUCGUCCUUCUUUUGUUUGUAGUCCAUGUGGAGACUCAAAAAGGAGGAGUCACAUUCUGGAGAGGCACCGUCACUCUGACCUGUCCAGAAAACGGAACAUGGACAGGUCAGCCAAAACCAGAACCUUCUACUUCAAAGACCCAUGAAUUCCAGUUCAAAGGCCAGGCCCAAUACGUUUGUGCAUACCAAACAAAUGCAGGCGAGGUAGAACAAAAAUAUAUGUUCUAUGUGAAAGGGAAGGCCUGUGAAAACUGCUUUGAGCUGGACGGAUUUCUCUUCAUGCUGGUGAUCCUCAUAGAUGUGAUCGGGACAGCAAUUGUGAUGAGGAUAAUCUAUGUUUGCACCAAAAAGAAAAGUCCAGAUCUACCCCCCCAACCCCAGAGAGCACGCGGAAGCCGACCCGGACCAGACCAGUCUUCUGCCUAUGAGUCACUGAACCCCAACACUCAAUCAACGUUAACUUACUCCACCGUGGUGCACAAGACGGGAUAGUUGCCCACCAUCGGGAAGUCACUGAACCCCAACACUCAAUCAACGGAAACUUACUCCACCGUGGUGCACAGGACGGCAUAGUUGCCCACCAUCUGGAAGGUCAGAAGAAGGCACACAUUUACUAAUUGAUCAACAAGAUGAGCAAUAAUGCCCCCAAUAAUGCCAAGCAUUGUUUUAGAUUUAACUUCAUGAAAAGUAUGCACUGUAAAACUAGUUUAAAAUUAUUAGUCAUCCUUUGUGUAUUCCAUUGUUAAAUUGCAGCUGUCCAAAAUCUGCACAGCAAAUAAUUUGUGUGUAUUUAGAGGAAUCACCAAAAUGUGUUUCUUUAUUCUGUUGUCAAACUAUGCAUUUUUUUAAUUAUACCAGGAAAAAUAGUAGUAAUGUCUUUUAAGAGAGUGUCCAUGGAAAGACUGAACACUAUGGAUUAGGGCAAGACAAAUUACAACAUACAUACACACACAAUAAGCUAUUUUGCUUUCAAUUGAAAAAGUCCUUUAAAAAAUGUUAGCAAUUAAGAGACUUCUCUCUCAUCCUAGGAUUACUUUUUCUACAUUCAAGAGUAGCAAUGUUAGUAUAUAUAUUUUUUACAUGACCAAACCUUUUCAACAAAAACAAUUUCAGCACCUUAAUGUCAUCUUAUCUGGUAAAAACUUGACGUCCAAAAAACUUUAGAACCAAACACAAGAAUAGAUUUAAUGUCUGAGAUAAAUAAUAAAUAUUAAAAGAUGUUAAUCGACUAUCUUGGGACCUGCUGAUUUCACAGCAAUGAAAUGUUGAUAGGUUAAAGUCAUCAGAUUCCUUCCUAAUACCUGACGGGAUUGUGUGCCAUACAGGGCAGCCUGAACCUUUCCAAAAUGGUUGUGUGGGGUGCAAUAGACAAAGCUGUGGUUGGAUAGAGGAGUAAUAGUGCAGACAUCUUCUAAACAUUGUUUUUCAAAUUUGUAGAACAAAAACCUGAACACCAGUAAGAUAGUAAGUAUGGUACAGAAGAGGAGUAGUGAGAAACUAUUUUAAUCUAAAACUAACUUGUUUAUUAAAGAUGAUGUUAAAACUGCUUGAUUGAAAUAUUGCUUUUGUUGUUGUAUUUUGAUGUCGAAAUCCAACUCAGUACAUUUUACAAUUUUUAGCCAUGGGUUGGCUGUAAAUUGUCAUUUUAUAGUUUUACAGUAUCAUUGUUUGUUUUCUCAUGGAAAAACCUGACAUCUUAAAAGCCAAACAUUUAAUCUUGCAUCUAAAAGUAGUUUGUAACAAAGUUGUUUUUAAUUGAUUAUGUAGUGUUUUGGCUAGUGUGGUCUAUGUAAAAAUAAUAAAAUUACAUGUUUGCUGUAACAUAA